CGAUACGAUUCUGCGCUUUAUUUUUCCGGGUUACUUAAAGUUUAAACGAGUGCAUUGCUAUUCACCUGAUAAGUAAGUAGCUACUGGCCUACUGACAAGAAGUUUACGAUUUAGUACUGAGUGUAUCUGGUAGAAGCAGCUUCAUCGAACUUAUAUGAUGGCCACCCACGCUACAGCCCUAGGGCCAGAGGAUACGAUACAUCUUCAAACCUCAGACCAGAGCAAUGCAGUGGAAGUAAGUGAAACAAGUGGGGCGUCCGCCGCGGCGAAAAAGAAAAAGAGGAAGAGAAAAAAGAAAAAGGCAGUAGCGGCUGAUGUGUCGAACGCAGAUGUAAGCACAGAAACAGCUGUGGAGGGUAGUACAAACAACGACACAGAAAUAGAAGCGGCAGCCAAGGCCGGAAAGAAUAAGCUAAAGGACAUGAAUGGUGUAGACAAUCACAUAGCCCAACACGAACACGAAAUCACCAAGCAGACCAACGAGGCACUCACAGAGCACAUGCAGGAAUCGCUCCAAAAGUCAGAGACGCCACGGAACCAGUUGGACAAUGUUAGCAAAGAAGUCGAGAGCUCGAAGGAAGCUCUUGCAAGCACCAAAGCCGAACUAGAAAGUGCAAAUACAAAGAUCAAGGCCACCAAAACAGAGUUAGAGGACGCGCGUAAAGAAGCAAAGGCCACGAAGGAGGCGCAUGAGCAAACCCAGUCAGAGCUUGAGAGCGCCAAGGAAGAAGUGAAGGCUAUAAGGGACGCACAUGCGCAAACUCAGGCCGAGCUGGAGAGUGCGAAUGCGGUCAAGGCCUCGUUGCAGAAAAAAUUGAACGAUUCCAGUGCACAGAUUGAUAGCCUCAACUCGGAAGUUAUGCAAUUGAAAGACAAGAUGAGCAAGCUCGAGCUAGCGAAGGGCAACCUCGAACAACUCGCAGCUAAGAUCGAGGACUCUAAGGAGCUGUCAGCUUUGGGUCAAACGCAGGCGGUUGCGAUGGAGCGCGAAUUGUCGAAAAUUGACGCCCUGAAAGCGGAUUUGGAGAAUCUACAAAGGAGUGAUGAAGAGAAGCAGUCUGAGAUUAUCAGACUGAUGGCGCAGCUUCAGACAACCGAGGCAGACGCGAUGCGACUAAGGAAUACUCUGGUUAAGUCUCAGGCCACGGCUGAGGAGGCUGAGAAGCUUCUGUUGGAUGCAAGAGGCGAGGAAUCGACACACGACGUCAGCAUAGAGAACGAAAGUCGAUUGGCCAGGAUGGAGGCGAAAUGUGCGGCCGCGAUAGCCGAGUUGGCCGCUGUCAAAGCGAAGAGGGACGAUUUUCGACGCCAAUUAUCAAAUCUGGAACAAUCCACUACCGUCAACGGUAUCCUGAAAGGAUUUGAACAACCCGUGGUAUGGCAACUAGCUAGCUAUUGUAUGGAACCAACAUGCAAGAAUGCCUUCACCUGGAUCAGACGACGCCACCACUGCCGCGAGUGCGGGCGCAGUGUGUGCAGUACUCAUAGCACAGUGCGUCGCGGUGGAGUCGGAUCGGUGAGAAUAUGUACCAUGUGCCUACGAUCGUAGAAUUACGAGCCAAAUCACUACAUAAAUGUGCUCAAACAUCAGUCGUUCGCAGACUGCUUGUGGAAUACGCACCCCUACUCUGCUUGGUGAUCUCAGGACUGGGGCAACUUAGGCAACUACAGUCGUUAUCAUCUCAGUGUAGCAAUGUUAGAAAUGCCACAGAGAUACUCUUAGUGGACAAUUAUACCCAGCUUGGUACCGCUCGGCGGCAGGUGAGAAAUAGGAAGGCAACUGUACAUGUGUACAUAUCUAGAGGGGUUUAGAUGUGAUUAAAGUAUUUGAGCUCGCAUGUCGCCCGGAAAUGUAUGGGUAACCACACUGCAAUCACACGGGUUCCGUACACUGGAAGUUUUGACAUAUACAUCAUUGAGGA